AUGAGAUCCCCCCUGGUCCCUGAAAUGGCGACACAGGAGGUACCGCUGAACGAGACCCUGGCCCACCUCAAAACGGAGUCGGAGACGCUGAAGUCGAAGCUGGAGGAGGAAAGAGCGAAGCUGCACGACGUCGAGCUGCAUCAAGUGGCAGAGAAGGUGGAGGGGCUGGGUCAGUUUGUCAUGAAGACCCGAAGAACUCUGAAGGGACAUGGCAACAAAGUUCUGUGUAUGGACUGGUGUAAGGACAAGAGGAGGAUCGUCAGCUCCUCACAGGAUGGAAAAGUGAUUGUAUGGGAUGCUUUCACCACCAACAAGGAGCAUGCUGUGACAAUGCCUUGCACCUGGGUGAUGGCCUGCGCCUACGCCCCCUCUGGGUGUGCUGUAGCCUGUGGUGGCCUGGACAACAAAUGCUCUGUGUAUCCUCUGUCCCUGGACAAGAAUGAAAACUUGGCCGCGAAGAAGAAGUCAGUGGCCAUGCACACAAACUACCUGUCCGCCUGCAGCUUCACCAACUCGGAUAUGCAGAUCCUGACAUCCAGCGGGGACGGCACAUGUGCAUUGUGGGAUGUUGAGAGUGGGCAGCUGUUGCAGAGUUUCCAUGGACACGCAGCAGACGUCCUCUGCCUGGACCUGGCCCCCUCCGAGACCGGAAACACAUUUGUUUCGGGGGGUUGUGAUAAGAAGGCCAAUGUGUGGGACAUGCGUUCAGGGCAGUGUAUUCAAUCCUUUGAAACUCAUGAAUCAGACAUAAAUAGUGUGCGAUACUAUCCCAGUGGAGAUGCAUUUGCAUCUGGCUCAGAUGAUGCUACAUGCCGCUUGUAUGACUUAAGGGCAGACAGAGAAGUGGCUAUUUAUUCCAAAGAGAGCAUCAUAUUUGGGGUCUCCAGUGUUGAUUUCUCUCUCAGUGGCCGGCUACUGUUUGGCGGCUACAACGACUACACCAUAAAUGUUUGGGAUGUUCUCAAAGGGACACGGGUGUCUAUUCUUUUUGGACAUGAGAACCGUGUCAGUACGCUGCGAGUUUCACCAGAUGGGACCGCCUUCUGCACAGGUUCCUGGGACCACACUCUUCGGAUCUGGGCUUAAGGAUGAAGACACGGAGGAUUAAAUGGUAGACAGACCUACUGAAGACACCCCGAUGUUUCUGUUUGCUAGAGUACAAUCACAGAGAUAGAG